CAGGGCUGGAUCUGUAUUGGCUCAGUUGUGUGGCUGUGGGCGGAGACUGUGACAAUGAAUGUGCUGAGGACACAUGUUUACAAUGUUGGCCAGAGAGGAAGAAUGGAGCAAAAGAGGACCACAAAUCACAGAUUGCACUGAAUCUUGUCCUCACCACAAGCGCUCCUCAAUUGGGCUGGUUCUUUGCCAUCUCAAAAAUGUUAAAUUAUACAUCCAUUAACCAUUUUGCAAAUGCUGCCUCUUUUGAAUAGACCGACUUCCAAGGAGACUAACAAAGUCACAAAGAGACUUCUCACCAAGGAGGCAUACCAGAGUGGCACAGUGACGUGUGGUGUCCUAUUAGACAAGCACAUCACAGAUACUAAAAUGCCUUAUCAUAAAACCUGAUGCCAACAAUUUGUGUCCUUCUAUACCAGCCAACAUAUACUGUCCCAAUUCUUUCAUAAACUGAGGAAGGUGGACAAAAUUAGCACAAGGAUUUCCAGGAGACACUGUGAAGAUCCUUCUCAGGGAUGACCAGCACACAGCUACUGAAAUAUUCCCCCAAAGACACUCCAUUUAGUACUCAGCCACCAUGUGGGAUGACAUCCACCGGGCCUACUCUGCCCUGUGGUGUCCUUACCCCCUCGUCACCACCUCCAGGUGUUUGGCCUCCUCUAGACUUUGCCUUAGGUGCCCUAGCAUGCUGUGGGGCUUGUCUGUUUACCAAUCCUCUGGAGGUCGUGAAGACCCGUCUGCAGCUGCAGGGAGAGCUGCGUGCACGAGGAUCCUACCAGAGGCACUACCGUGGCGUCCUGCAGGCUCUCUGGGUUGUGGGCCGCACAGACGGGCUCCGUGGCCUGCAGAAGGGGCUCACAGCUGGGCUCAUAUACCAAGGUCUGAUGAAUGGAGUGAGGCUGGGCUCCUACUCAUACUGUGAAGCUUUAGGCUUCACCUCAGUGACCGGGGGGAGUAUACUGUCAGGGGCAGUGUCCGGGGCGCUGGGUGCCUUCAUUGCCUCUCCUGCCUAUCUGGUAAAGACCCAUCUGCAGGCUCAGUCUGUUGAAACCAUAGCAGUAGGUCAUCAGCAUAACCAUCUGGGUCUGUCUGAUGCCUUUGCUACUAUCUAUAGAAGAGAAGGCCUUAUUGGCUUGUGGAGAGGUGUGAACGGGGCCGUGCCUCGGGUCAUGGUGGGGUCAGCUGCUCAACUGGCAACCUUCAGCUCUGCCAAGGACUGGGUGUCACAUACCCAGUGGUUUAGUCCAAACAGCUGGCUUAUCGCCCUGAUAGCUGCCAUGAUCAGUGGAGUCUCUGUGACGAUCACUAUGACACCGUUUGACGUCAUCAGCACACGGCUCUACAACCAGCCGGUAGAUGAGUAUCGAAGGGGCCGCCUGUACCACGGCUUUUCAGAUUGUUUUCUGAAGGUGUGCCAAAGUGAGGGCCUGCUGGGGUUGUAUAAAGGCAUGGGCCCUGCCUUUGUGCGCUUAGCACCACACACAAUGCUCAGCAUGCUGUUCUGGGAUCUGAUGAGACACCACGUCAUGCAGAGCAGCCAAAGCCUGAGAAGGACCUAAAACACCCAAAUAGGUGUAUGUGCUUGAAUGGACUGAACUGUGUCAAUCUGAAUGGUCCACUAAUUAAUGAGAAGCAUUGACUUACACAACUGUGAUUUGUCUUGUCCCAGAAAGUGAAUAGUGAUGCACACUUGAGGACGACGGAGGAACACUCAUUUACUUGACGAAACUGACUAAAAAUAUUGCACAGACUCUCACAAACAGCUUGAGGAGCUUCUGUUCAUUUGUCAAAUACAUGAAGUUGCAGAGAAGUGUUAAACUGUCAGGUUUUACCAUAUUACCUCAAAUGAUGAAUAAGCUAGCCAUCUGGAUCUACUGAGCUUUCCUGUAAACUUGUAGACGUGAAGUUGUCAGACACAUAUGGCUUGCAAUUUACUAGUGGGACACCGAUGACCUGAAGAUGCAGUUCGGAUUACUAAGACAUGCACUCUGUGUUCCACAUUUAGAGUAUGAAACUGUGGCUGCUCCUGUUUUCAGAUUGUAAUACUUAAGUCUAAUUGCCUUGAGUGUAAUGUAAAGAAUGAGAUUUGAUGUGAAUAAUCUUUUUAUUUUCUGAAAUCUGAACAGAUUGUGUUUUAAGCCUUUGAAAAGAAGUUAAUAAAGAUAUUUUAAUAAAGAUGUG